AUGGCUAACGCCGUGCAGCCCGGUAAGGGCCUUCUGUCAACCCCACGUAGCUGCCAUCGUUGCAACCAGAAAAAAGUCCGAUGUAGCAAGACCCAGCCGUGUGACAGCUGCCUGAAGUCCAACUCGGAUUGUGUAUUUCCAGGCCCCGGCCGUGCCCCUCGGCGUAAAAAGCGGCCCCUCAAGGCCGAGCUUAUCUCGCGCUUAAAGGGUCUAGAGCAGGAGCUCCGAGAAAUGACACAGGAACGCGGAGAUCCUGAUUCUGCUGCUAGUUCCGCUGCUACGUCUCAGGAUGCCCUUGUCCUGUCGAACGCCCCUUUGGCUGCAAACAAUGCCCGUCACGUAGAACAUGAGCAUGGCAAGUUGAUUGUGGAAGGAGACUCCACUCGGUACGUUACGCAUGAGAUUGAGGAGCUCAAAGACCUGGUGGAUUCGCCCGAGAAUGAUGUUGAUGAAGACGAAUGUGGAGAGUAUUCACAGAAUGGUAAUCAGUUCCUCUUUGGCUACUCGUCCAUCGCAUCUUCGCUAUCGGCCUUUCAUCCCAGCGUGAGGGACAGUCAGAUACUAUGGAAGAUUUUCGAGGAGAAUGUCGCACCUGUCGUCAUGAUAUUUCAUAAACCAACCCUACAUAGACUUCUCUUUAAGACAGCUACGAACACCAGCUACAUUGACCGAGCCUCGGAGGCGGUGGUCUUCGCCGUCUACUUCGCCGCCAUCACCAGUAUGAGUCCCGAACAGUGCGCUGAGGAGUUAGGUCAGGAUCACUCCACACUCCUCCAGCGAUACCGAUUCGCAACACAGCAAGCGCUGGCGCGAGCAGGCUUUCUCCAAACACGAAACCAGUCCGUGCUCCAAGCCGCCGUGCUCUUCCUCACCUGUCUACGCUCUCCCGGAGACGCUGAAUUUGUCUGGACAAUGACUGCGGCUGUUUAUCGGCUCGCACAGGGACUAGGAUUGCAUCGCGACGGAACCCACUUUGACCUCACCCCCUUCGAGAUUGAACUGCGUCGCCGACUGUGGUGGUCGAUCUAUCUGCUGGAUAGUCAAUCGUCCGAGCUUCAUGCCAUCGGCACAUUAAUCACCGAGUCUAGCUACGACACCAGACUACCCUUGAACAUCAACGACGCAGAUAUACCUCCGGAACCAACUACACCGCCCGACGAACGCAUCGAAUUCACAGAAAUGACCUUCUGCCUGAUCCGCUGUGAAAUGACCGUCCUCUACCGCCGCUCGUUUCUCAAUUCCAGCCCCAUGCCUAGCACCAGCGAAGGCCAUACAUCACACCUCCUAGACGAGCGUCUCCACCAGCUCGAACAAAUUCGCACUCAGUUACAAGAUCGAUACCUCCAGUACUGCGAUAUCUCCAUUCCUACGCAAUGGGUCACAGCGACAGUGAUCCGACUUGCUCUCGCGCGAUCAUGGCUAGUUGCGCAUCUCUCGCAGGGGACAAUGACGGUCCGAAUGCCGCUGAUCGAGAUCUCACCCGAGGAUCCGAAGCGAGAGCAGCUCUUCAUGACUGCUAUAGAAGUGGUGGAAUUCGCCUACCUGCUGGAGACGGACCCGCGGACCACGCGAUGGGCCUGGCUCUUCGAACGGUAUCCGCAGUGGCACGCGGUGGUGUUUGUGUUGACGGAGCUCUGUGGUCGGGGGCAGUCAGUGGAAACGGAGAGGGCAUGGGCAGUGCUCCAGAAGGCGGUUGAGCGGUGGUCUGGGCGAGAUUUCCAGAAGGGCGGGAUUACGCUGAAGACGGUUUAUCAUUUCAUCGAGAAGGCUGCAGCAGCGCAUGGUCGGCUGGGCACGGACUGGAUCAGAGAGUUGCUGAGGCGCUGA